AUGCUCGGAUCAAAUCUCGGAAAGAAAGUGACGGCUGGUGUUGUACAGGAUCAAUACAAACAAUUUCUGAAAAAUAAACCGGAAGAAAAGAAGAAAACGCUGACUCCAGAAGAGAGAAAACUAGCAAAAAGAGCUGAAAUGAGAAAGAAAGGAAUAUUUGUGAAAGCUGAUGAUCCAGAUGAGACACCUACCAUUCUUGAGAAAUGUGAAGGACCUUUUCAGCCAAUGGUUUUUGUUCUUCCAGAGAAACCGACUAUUUGGAAGAAUUCGAAAAAAAGAACUGGAGGAAGAAGGAAUAAAGAUAAGAAGCAAGCGAAGAAGAAUUAUGAGAAGCUCCCAAAAACAGACGUCUCAAUGAGUUCUGGUCCUCAGAAGAAGAAGGUGAAGAAGGAAAAAGGGAAAGGAGGAGUUGCUGUCAGUUCACUUCCGUCUUCUUCAUCUUCAGCUACUGAUCAAUCUACUAGUCGCUCGAAAAAUAGAAAAUCAGCUGAAAAAUCAACUAAACCAUCAGAUCCUGAUGUUCCUAAAAAAGAAAUAGGAAAACCGAUGGUUUCGAGUAAAGAAAAACUAGAAAAGCCAAUCGAAGAGAAGAAAGAAAUUGUGGAGACUGUGAAACAACAAAUUGGAGAAAAAGUGGAAGAGAAAAAAGCUGAUGAAGUGUUCAAGGAAACAGAACAAAAGGUCGGAGAGAAAGCUGAAGUCAAUAAAGUUGAUGUCGUUGCUCCGGUACAACAAGAACCACCAAAAACUACCGUAAUCCCUGUCCAACCAUCUCCAGAAGUGACAACUCCAAUCGAAACUCAAACUCCUCUAACUUUAAUUCAACCAGUUCCUGAUCCUUCAUCAACUAAAAAAGAUUCAGAAGAGAAGAGCAAAAAAGAGAAUGUUCCAUUAUCUGCAACUACUUCGAAUCCAUCGAUUGUCGACGCUUCAAAGAAGACACUUUCUGCUCCAAUCGCUGAAAAUCAACCGGAUGCAUUCGAGAAAUUAGAUGACGAUGAAUUUGAAAAGAUGACGUCAGAUGUCGAUGAAAAAGAAAUUCUGAAGUUGGCUCCACGUCUUCUGAAAGUUGCGAAACGACAUGCAGCAAUCGAAAAGUGUUUGACUCCUGAAGAAAAUGAAGUUCUCGCCAAGUUCUUCUCUGGAAAACAGAAAUUGGAUGCAACUGUUCUGGCUGUUUUGGAUUCGGCUUUGGAUAAGAUUAUCGAUUAUUUACAGAAGAAUAAUUGUGCAGUUGAUGAGGAAACAAAGGCAGUUAUGAAGAAGAGAGAUAAGCUGAAAGCAGCAAUGAUGAAAGAAUUCUUAGUUUCUCCUCAAUACUUGCCAAAAACUUGGACUGCUAAAUUCAAUGAAUGGAAGAGUGAAGCGGAGAAGCAAAAGAAUGGAAUCAACUGGUUCCGUGUUCUGUUCUCUUAUCCGAAACAUAAAUCAUUUGAUGAUGGACCAGAGGACACUUUCGGAAACUUCCGUCGUCGUCAUCGUGGAUUCAUAAUGGGCAUUAUUCUUGGACCAGGUGAUGUCAAAUCAUUUGAAGAGACGAAAAGAGAAGAUGAUUGUCAGGGAAUGUUCCUGGACACAAAAAUCAUUGAAAAUGCCAAUGCGGACACCAAGGAUACUAGUUCAACUGUCAGCGAGCGUCACACUUUGCUCACUGCGAAGAGUUCGAAAAAAUAA